CACAGGUUUAUGACCAUGGCAUCCAUCAGAAUUACAAGAACCUGCAAGAGAAAGCCAGGUUCAAGGAAGUACAUUGAUUAUAAUGCUGACACCUUGGAAGCUUGUUUGAGGGAUAUACGAAGUGGAGUAAGAACACAACGAAGUGCAAGACAGUAUCACAAUGCACCUAGAAGCACAAUAAUAAAUAAGCUUAAAACCUAUGGGUUACUGGUAUCGGUAGGCCUACGUGCAAAGAAACAUGGCCAUCCUACAGUUGUCAAUCAAGAAGAAGAUCAAGCCUAUGAGGUUCAUAUUGACAAAUGAGAACGUAUGGAAUUAUGACGAGACAAACCUGCAACAUAACCCUGGAGCAAUUGAGACCAUUUGUAAAAGGGGGCAGAAGUAUGUUGAAUGCAUAAUGUAGUCAACAAAGUCUUGUACUUCUUUAAUGUUUUGUGGAAGUGGCCGUGGAGAGAUGUUACCACCCUACAUGGUGUAUAAGUCUAAGCAUUUAUGGUCUACACAGACUGAAGGUGAUCCUGUGGGAUGCAGGUACAACAGAACAGAAAGUGAGUGGUUUGAUUUGGGGACAUUCGAAGACUGGUUUAUGACCACCUUAAUUCUUCAGUUGAAAAAGCUGCUUGGUGUCAAGGUUAUGAUUGGGGACAUCUUAAGUGCCCAUAUCAACCUAGAAAUUGUAAAAGCUUAUGAGGAUAAUGAAGUAAAGUUUGUGUGUCUAUCACUGAACUCGACACAUGUCACCCAACCGUUGAACAUCGCUGACUAUGGCCAUAUGAAAAGGGAGUGGUGUAA